UACAGUUUAUCAGAAAGUGAUAUAAUCUAUGUGUACGCCCAUCUCAGCGUAACGCUAGUGUAUUAGAAGCGUACAAAGCCAAACAAACAGUAAAACCAAUACUGAGACAAUUCCAGAGCUGCACAAUAGUUGUGAUCCUGGAUCGAACAUGAAUGGUCCGUAUCAAUCCAUGACGGGACCAUUUGUACAACAGAACACUACAACAGUUUUACCAACAAAACAUACCAUCACUGGAUACAAUAACUCAAGUGGGAAUCUAUCGGUGAAUUUGGAUUUAAACGAAACCUUCAACGAUCUGAACUCCGGGUCAGGUAAAGGGGCCGUGCCUGAGGCACCAGUGUACCUGUUGGUUUUCGCAACCCUGUUUUAUGUGGUGAUUUUUAUUGUGGGAAUUUUAGGCAAUGCGGCUGUUAUCGCUGUAGUGAUUUACGGAAGGAGUAUUAGGAAUGCCGUCAACAUCUACCUAAUUAACUUGUGUGUAGCCGACCUUCUUGUCAUGGUGGUAUGCAUGCCACCCGUUCUCGUGGAGUUGCAUACUAAGGAAGUUUGGUACUUCGGCGAAGUCAUGUGCAAAACUGUGCCGUUCCUGGAGAUGGUAGUUGCAUCAGCAUCAGUAUUCACCAUCAUCGCCAUCAGCGUGGAGAGGUAUAAAGUCGUGUGCAAGCCUUUGUCCGUUACGGUGGAAAACGUGCUAUACGUCGCCAAAGUGAUUGUCGUCAUAUGGCUAACCGCCAUCUUUAUCAGUGCGCCAAUUUUAUCUAUUGUAACAUAUAAAGACAGCAGUCUUCUUGAUGGCACUCCGAUAAAAGUCUGUCGGGUUCCUGUGAGAACCACAAUUCAAAAGUCAUAUAUUGUCAUAUCAACGUUUUUUAUUUACGUAAUUCCGUGUGCUCUACUUUUUACUCUGUAUUGCCGCCUUUGUCGUAAACUUAUCCCCGACUCUGAAUGCCCUUUUGAUAUGUACGAGCGUUAUGUGUCGGAAAAACUGCGUCUGCGUAAACAAGUCGUGAACAUCAUAGCCACUAUAGUUUCUAUGUUUUUCAUAUGUCACCUUCCGUAUAGAGCUGUAAGCUUAUGGCUAAUAUUUGAAAGCAGUAGAAAUGUGGCAAGUUUAGGACUGGAGAAAUAUCUUGCAAUAGUUUACACAGCAAGAAUAUUUCUAUAUGUUAAUCAUGCACUUAACCCUAUCGUGUAUAAUUUUGUUUCAAGAAAAUUCAGAAGGACGUUUAAAAUGAUGGUUUAUUUCCGUGGAAGGCGAAAUAGAAAUAAUUCCUCUCAAAGACGUGUUGUUGAAAGGAAAUCCCGAGAGUCCAGUGGGAUGUACUGUAAAGGUGAAAUCAACUUGAUACGGAUAGAACUACAACACCGUCAGGCAUCUUCAUCGUCGUCAUCGUCAUCUAACAGACGGCGUAUAAACGACUUUUGUCCUUUGUACAAAAACAUCGCUAAUUCCAAAGAAUACGAUCACUUAAAAAAUCCACAAAACUGAUUGGAGAUUUAUUUGUGGUGUUUUAAUCGAGAUCAUAACAUAAAAAUUCCAGUGGACGUCAUCCUGGCUUAUUUAUACAGUAUGUAAGUGCUUUGUGUUUUAGGUCACUUGAGCUUGACCUAUUGCUACCCGUCGUCGUGCGCCGCGUCGUCAGUUAGCAUUUUACAUUUUCAACUUAAGCUGAAAUACUAUUUAAGGGGUUUCAUUGAUACUUCAUGGUAAUG